CCCCCACCAGACCACCGCCGCCGCCGCCCUCAGCCAUCCCCACCGCCGUCGCCGCCCCCAGCCAUCCCACCGCCGCCGACCUCCCUCCAUCCCGAGCAGUACCGCCGUCGCCCUGCAUGCCGAGCCGUGCCGCAGUCGCCCUCCAUGCCGAGCCGUGCUGCCGUCGCCCUCCACCGCUCCAGAGCGGCGCCGCCGAGCACCCAAGUGACCGCAGCCGCCAAUCACUCCAGGUCGGGGCCGUCGGCCGCCCUCCACCCAGACCAUUGCCGUCGUCGGCAACGGAAAGCGCAAGAGGAAGCAGUGCCUUCCCAAGGGUCCACCAUGGCAUCGUGCUCCUCUUCUCCGCGGCCGUUCACGCUGGCGAGCAUGGGGGGCUCCCGACCACGCCCUCCUCCCCGAUGGCGGCGAGCACGGUGCCUCUCCACUUAGAUCCGUGCCGGUGGAAACCCGAUGCAGCUGCUUGAUAGAAUCAUGGAAGGAACAUACAGUGCAGUAUGAGACGAGGGAUGGUCUGAUGAUGUUGUCGAGAUGAGUAUGGUGCUCAUACUGUUAUCAUUUUGUAUUCAGAAUCUUUGAUGUUAAAUGGUGGGGUGUUAAAUGUAGCCCUCGAUAAAAAAUGGAGAUUAUACUACCAUAGUUAGCUCCACUGUAGAAAGUAACAUAACCAGCCUGAAGUAUGUGUAUAUCUAUUACUCUUUAAUAGUACACAAGCUUUUGAACCUAGGAAGUCAUUGCCUCAGAGUUAUGCCUGCUUAGAUUAAUGGUUGCUAUGCUAACAAGAUACAGUGAAAAUUAACUUUGUUUCGAAUACAGUGAGUAUAUGACCUUAUAACUGUUUAUGAUUAGAAUUAGCAAGGUCCCUUUACCCUCUUAAUGUGUUUACACUUCCUCUAAUGAAAUAAUAUGCUGUCUAUGAACCUUAACAAUCGUCAUCUCAGCUAAACAUAAAAGGAAGAAGGCCCACCAGAUUUGUUCGUAGUGCACAUUGUUUUUUCUACAAAAUAUUGGAGUAUCUGGAUCACAAAUCUGACCUGUAAAAAUGUUCAAACUUAUCGAUAUUUUAUUCUAGAAAUUUUAAAGACAAUGAAUGCAAUUUUUUAACUUAACCUGGCUUCCUGUUUUUUGUCCUGUGAAUAAAAACAAAGCUUCACUACAAGCCGAUUUUCUGGUGAAUGAAUUAAACUCAAGGUCUCUAGCAAAGGAAUCAAGUUUUUCACCUUUUGUUGGAACUUGUGAUUUUGAACAUCAUUUUAUUUAUUGCCAAGGAUCACCGUGACACCUAUGGUUGUAUGCUCUUCUCAUAUCUUUAUUAUUUUCAAGAUUACUAUAUAGUACACGAACUACCCUGUUUCAUUGGUUCAGUUUAUCGUCAUUCAUGUUAGGAUUUUCUCUUGGCUUCCUGGUUCUUCUUUUCUUUGGCGAACUUGAACAACUCUAUUAAUGUGUCAAAACAUAAAGUCUUCCUGUACAAGGCUACAUAUGUGUAAUCAGGUAUGCUAUAUAUCACCUUUCAUUCUUUUCCAUACGUGCUGCUUUAUGACUUCUUUUAAGAACAAAUUAUUCAACUCAGUGGACCUUGAAUAGUUGAAUGUCUGAUAUAACUUCACAAUGACCUUUCUUACUCUGGUUAUAUUUUUCCAUUUGUACCACAGUAAGGCACCUCACUUUCUGAUUUCUGAGUCAAAUGAUUUACCUGAUGUCGGGUUCUCUCUUCAGACAUACAUGAAACAGUUCUUCACAAGAUCAUGAUUGUAUACAUAUAAAAAAAAUAUCUUCUUCUCAUAUCUUAUUUGGCCCCUCUACAGCGUAUGUAAAAAGUUGUCGGUGGUCCGCCACGCCUCUGCCUGCUAGUACUGGUAAAUUCUUACUAGGCAACUAGAUGUGCUUAAUUUGUGUGUCUUGUCUAGUUCUUCCACUCUAACAAGGCCAUACAUAACGUUGUUGUAAGAUGAAAGUCCGGACAUUAUUUAGCUUUUAAACUUACAGUAUACUGCUCCUACAGUGUUGUGAGAUUGAAGGUCCAAGAUACUACACUUCAAUACAGAUCUUUAUCAUUAUUUGAGAAGUAAACUUUUAAUCGGCAGUAGAGUUGUAUGUAGUAAACUCUGGAAUUUCUUGAUUAAUUUUCUGUAUCUAUGACUGCAAUGGUUACAGAUUGAUCUUUACUUGCAAUCUAAUUUGCAUGUUUGUGUGUGUUCUUCAGGAAUCAUGAUACUACUUUGUGAUCUGAUUGGUGAAAGGGUAUUUUGUACGGUUCUCUCAUAUCCGACUUGUCUUUUUCUCUGUAUAUAAAGUAGCAUUGAAAAUGUUCUUUUAUUUCCUCUGACCUCUCAGAAGCUCACACCUGAAUAUCAUGAUAUAUGCCUUUAAGAAAACUCUGUAUGUUCUUUUGAGUUAAACCAAACACCAAACAUUUUAGUUUCUAUACUUCUGUCAGUUAAUGCUGGAAAAAUGUUUGAAUUUUUUUUGUUGUACUAGUUGCCUUUGUGUGCUCAUACAAAAAUACUAGAUCCUAUGAUGUCAAAAAUUCAUACAGGUUGUGGAUGACCCUUCUUUUUUCUCGAACGUUGUUCCUAUUGUCUUAUGUGCAGUUUUUUCAAACAGAGUUUGAUGAGUCUUCACUAUCAGGAAACUAAACUUAAUAUUAGAGGCAAUCACACCAUGCCAUUACGGGUUUAAUUAUUUGUCCAGACCUGAAACUGUUGUCAUGCUUUCCAGGAAGGGCAACUAGAUGUGCUUAAUUCAUGUGCCCGGGCUUGAAACUGUGGACAUUGUUUAGCUUUUUAUUAAAUCGAAUAUUCACUCGAUGCCUUGAAGGGAAAUUUGUUGAGAAAAUGUUGGGCGGUGCAUCUUUGUAGAUUCUGAGUAUCGUAAUAAAUGUAAUGGAUAUAAUGUUUUCUAAUACAUGACUUGUGAUUUGAUGUCUUCCUGUCCAGGUUGAAAAUGUUCCUGUAAGAUUCGUUAAGACGCCUUGCCGUAACCAUAUGCUCUGAGCUCACGCAGAAGAACUUACAGGCUUUACUCUUUGUGUUUGUUACAUCUUGUACUGUCGGAUGUCUAGAGACUAAAGAUGCUAAAUUAUGAGGGAAGUCUUCAUGUGUAAUCAAUGAAUUGAAAACAUUGUAAAAUGUUUGAUGAUCAGAAUUUAUAAUAUAUAUGCGAUGUGC